AGCAAAAUAGAAGUGAUAAGUAAAUAAUCCAAAUAAAUAUUGAGAAACUUUCUUUAUAAUGGUGCUAAGCAAUAUAAAUGAAAAUAAUUGGGACAGUGAUCCAAAAUCUUGGUCAAAACCGAUAAAGCCGCUCGAAGAGAAAUGGAAACUAGUGCCGGCUUUUUUACAGGUUAAAGGAUUAGUAAAGCAACACAUAGACUCUUUUAAUCACUUUGUUAAUGUAGACAUUAAGAAAAUUGUGGAAGCAAAUCAAAUAGUAUUAAGUGAUGCAGAUCCGUUGUUUUAUCUUAAAUAUCUUGAUGUGCGGAUUGGCAAACCAGACAUUGAAGAUGGCUUUAAUAUAACAAAAAAUACAACACCACAUGAGUGUCGUUUGCGCGACACCACCUACUCUGCACCCAUAACUGUAGAUAUCGAAUAUACACGUGGUACGCAGCGUACAGCGCGAAAUAAUUUACUCAUCGGAAGGUUGCCCAUCAUGUUGCGCUCGUCGAACUGCGUCCUAACUGAUAAAUCUGAAUUUGAGCUGUCGAAAAUGAAUGAGUGUCCAUUAGAUCCAGGUGGUUAUUUUGUAGUACGUGGUCAGGAAAAAGUAAUACUCAUACAAGAACAGUUAUCAUGGAAUAAAAUGAUUACCGAAGAAUUCAAUGGAGUUGUACAGUGUCAAGUUACUUCCUCCACACACGAAAAGAAAUCGCGUACAGUUGUUCUUAGCAAACACAACAAAUACUAUUUGAAACACAAUUCAAUGGUGGACGAUAUACCGAUUGUGGUAAUUUUUAAAGCAAUGGGCAUUACUUCAGAUCAAGAAAUUAUGUCACUUAUAGGUAUGGGAGUGGAAACGCAAAACCGAUUUGCACCAUCGUUAUUUGAAGCUUACCAUUUGAAAAUUUUUACACAACAAAGAGCUUUAGAAUAUAUGGGUUCUAAACUUGCCGUCAAAAGGUUUCAAACUGCUAAGACUGUUCCUCCAGCUGAUGAAGCGCGAGAGCUUAUAGCAACUACAAUUUUAGCACAUGUGCCAGUAGAAAAUUAUAAUUUUCAAAUUAAAUCUGUUUAUGUGGCGCUUAUGGUGAGGCGUGUAAUGGCAGCGGAAUUGGAUAUUACAACUGUAGAUGAUCGUGAUUAUUAUGGCAAUAAACGUUUGGAACUUGCCGGAUCCUUAAUAUCGCUUAUGUUUGAGGAUUUAUUUAAACGUAUGAAUUGGGAAUUAAAAAUGAUAGCUGACAAAAAUAUACCCAAAGUAAAGGCUGCCCAAUUCGAUGUUGUGAAACACAUGCGUGCGGCACAAAUUACUGUUGGCUUAGAGUCUGCAAUUUCAUCUGGCAAUUGGACUAUAAAACGUUUUAAAAUGGAGCGUACUGGAGUUACACAAGUGCUUUCACGUUUGAGUUAUAUAUCAGCGUUGGGUAUGAUGACAAGAGUGAAUUCACAAUUCGAAAAGACAAGAAAAGUUUCUGGUCCACGUUCACUGCAACCCAGUCAAUGGGGUAUGCUAUGUCCAUCAGACACACCUGAAGGUGAAGCUUGUGGUUUGGUAAAGAAUUUGGCGCUUAUGACACAUAUAACAACAGAAGUUGAUGAAGCACCUGUAAUACGUUUAGCGUUUAAUGCAGGCGUCGCAGAUAUACGGUUUGCUGGCGGAGAUGCGAUUAAUAAUCCUAGCAUGUUUUUAGUAUUUAUCAAUGGCAAUAUACUCGGUUUGGUUUCGAACUACAAGCGUUUAGUGGAAGUAUUUCGUAUGAUGCGUCGUAAAGGUCAACUGGGUCCUUUCGUUUCUAUACACACUUCACACACGCAACGCUGUGUUUAUAUACACACUGAUGGUGGUCGCCUUUGUCGUCCAUAUAUAAUAGUAAAAUAUGGCAAUUCAGCAGUUACUCAAAAACAUUUAGACGAAAUGGAAGGAGGUAUACGAAAAUUUGAAGAUUUUCUACAUGAUGGCCUCAUCGAAUACUUAGAUGUCAAUGAAGAAAAUGAUUCAUUUAUUGCCUGGAAUGAAGCAGAUAUAAAUGCAGGUACCACGACUCACUUGGAAAUUGAGCCAUUUACAUUACUCGGUGUUUGUGCUGGUCUCGUUCCUUAUCCACAUCAUAAUCAAAGUCCACGAAACACCUAUCAAUGUGCUAUGGGUAAACAAGCUAUGGGAGUAAUCGGCUACAAUCAAAAGAAUCGAUUCGAAAAGUAA